UGUCUUCGUCGGUGAGAUUUUGUCGUCGAGGUCUGGCUUUAUAACAGCUCAUUUUUUUUGUCUUCAACUAAGAUGGGGGAUCAUAAUCAUACGGAGCCACAGAUAACUCCAGAAACUCCAGGCAGGCCUUCCAUAAGAAACCCAUUUGAAAGUCCCAAUGACUACCACCAUCUGCRGGAACCUCUGGUUCCGAGCCCCUCUGUCUUCAGAUCAAAGCCUUGCAAGACUACGCCGCCUAAGUUUAACUGGUCGAUUGAUGAAAUGGCUAGUCUUCUACCWGUACACAUAGACCCCGAGGAAAUCCAGCGACAAUCUUUUUACCUCAGCCAGACAAAGAGGGAUUCUGACAUUGAAGAAAAAUGUCAAAAUGCCAUUGAGCAGUUUUUCACCAAAGGAGCCAUCGUGCCUUCACCCUGGGCUGCACCAGAAAGCCGCAGAGCCCCUCACCUGUACAAAAAAAGUCCGAUGUCUGCAAUAUUUUCAGAGGAGACUGAAAAAAAUUCAGUUGCUUGCCAGACAGUCCUUUCACUACCUUUGGCUUUUGAUUUGGAAAAACUACUAGGAGAAUAUUACAAAAACGAGGAGGCAUGUGAUGCAAUGCAGGAGAGCUUGAGUUCCUCCUCCCUGAGACGGAAACUUUUUAUCGAUGGUCAAAUCAGUUACAGCGGCUCUGAUAGCUCUAACCCACCGAGCCCAGAAAGAGCUAAUGCCGGCCUGGAAAGACAAGCUCCCCACAGGGAAGGAGCUGGAACAAGAGCUGAGCGUCCCGGGGCAGACGCUGUACCAUCUGUCUUUUCCUCCCCUUUGUCCUGUGGCAUGUCGGCCCCAACUCCCUCUACGGGUCAGUUUUCAUCCAGUCCUAUACAGCAAGGCCGCUUCAGAGACUGCAGCCUCGGCAGCAUCAGCAGCUCUCUGUUUCCUGAUUGGUCAUCUCCUGCAGGCCACGCCUCUCCAACAAUUUCACCAAUUUUUCUCAAUGUGGCGCGCUCUUCCAUUGACUCAGGUGAAUGGAAACAGCCAAGUAAUUUGACCCCGCACGGAGCUUCGCUGGAUAUCAAUGUCGCUCCCUCUAACGCGAGUCCAUUUGUCGAAGGCUGCUCGCCCAUUCGUAGCUGCUCCCCGCACCAGUCUCACAUYGCAAGACCCAGACCCCGAGUUUGCUGCUGGUCUUCCCCGCCCCUCAUCUCGCCGAUCCUUAACCCGAGGUUCCUCGACAAUCAGGAGGAUGAAGAACACCCGCAUUCGUCUUCCUCCUCAUGCGCUCACCUUUCCAUGGAAUUGGCUCCAACGUCACCUCUGACCCAAGUCGCCCACCCUGUUGCCAAAGAGCUACUUAGUCUGGAUUCCAUUGAAGCUGUGAAAAUGGAGGAGUGUAAAGAGACGGGGAUAAAAAAUAGGCUGGAGGAGGGGGAGGAUGCACCUUCAGAACAACUGACCAGCUCUCGCAUGGGAAAUGCAUCKGCAAUAGAAAGCUCUCAGAUGUUUCUGUCUCUUCUGGCGGAGGGAAGCAGCAUCCCCUAUGACUCYGGCAUGCAGGUGGAUAGCGGUUAUAACACUACGUCRGCAGGCACUGCUAGCCUCAUUGAUGGCCUUGGCUCAGACUGUCAGACCAAAGAGUCUCACAGUUCUAACCUGGUGGAAGAAGGGUUCCUCUUCUCUCGACACAAAGUUAAAUUUUAUCCUCACCAUGGAGUCUCCUGAUUUCUACAUGAAAAGGAACAACUCGUCCAGUGGAAACGCAUAGCUCUGUAAUCAAACACAUAUUUAUACAAUGUUGAAAGAAUCAUAGGUUAAUUUGUACUGAACGGCUGUAAGAAUUUGUUUUGGGUAGAUCUGAGGGUGAUGAGACACCCGACUGAAAAUAAAUGAAUUUGUAUAUUUUAUGAAAAUGGGUAGAACCCGGUUUGUUUUUAAGACUCUGACAUUUUAAGUCUUAGACUGCAUCAUGCAGCAAGUGGCCAGAAGUGAAACCUUUGGAUUUAUUACACUGGUUUACUAAAAGGGAGGAGACUUUUUUAAUGGAUUUUUGCACAUAAAUAUACUUCCUAAGUGCUGUAUUGAUGCCAGUGGCAGAAUCUUGCUUUAUUUUUGGUGCCAACAUGAUUGACAUGAUAAAUCUUCACUUUCAGAUGAAAAUCAAACCUGUACUGUAUUUAUAUUUAUAUAAGCCUGUUUAUUGUGACAAAUUCAUUCACGUUUUCCCUUGCUGUGUAAAUAGUUUUUUUAAAUUCAGGUUACCUGUGGAUCUUAUUAAACAACGCCAUAAGUGAACUAAA